CGGAAGGACGCCGCGCACGCGCAAUGGCGCAGGAGCGCGAAGGGCGGGGUGUUGACGGCGCUGCAAUGGCUGCUCGCGAUGUACUGACAUGCGAAGCGGUGGGUUCUUCUCGGAGCCUGACUUCCUGACGCCGCCAGUGGGGGAGUCCCGGGCUGUCGCCGCAGUCAUGUACCCGUCGCCGCCCCCGCCGCAUCGGGACUUCAUAUCGGUGACGCUGAGCCCGGGCGAGACCUACGACUACCGCAAGAGCUGGCGGCCGCGCUCGUGCUGGAGGAAAUGGAAGCAACUGUCGAGAUUACAGCGGAAUGUGAUUCUCUUCCUCCUGGCCUUUCUGAUUCUCUGUGGACUCCUGUCCUACAGCAGCUUGGCUGAGCAGUGGAAAGCUCUGAGUGACAGGCCGACAGAAGAGCAGAAGGUGAGGCCAGAGAUCCCUGGGUUGAAGCCAGCAAAUCCACCCGUCUUACCGGCUCCUCAGAAGGCUGCCACUAACCCAGAAGACUUCCCAGAGAUUUUAUCUCAGAAGCUUCGCAAGCAUUUCCGACGGGGACCGCCCCGCCUGCAGAUGAGAACCCCCAACAAGGACUCGGAGACUGGGGUGCGGGAUGGCACUGAGGAAAGGGCAGGAGCCCCCGAGGAUGCUCGCCAGGCCGAGGAUGCUCACCAGGCCGGGGAUGCUCGCCAGGCCGGGGACCCGCAGAGGACGGCCAUCAGCUGGCGGGGAGCAGUGAUUGAGCCUGAGCAGGACCCUGAAAUCUCUUCGAGAAAAGCAGAAGUGCCGACCAAGCCUUCUGUGCUGCCGGCCGUGGUGCAGAGCCAACCAGCGCGCCUGAACGACCGCCAGAAGGGGGUGGUCGACGUCUUCCUGCAUGCGUGGAAUGGGUACCGCAAGUUCGCCUGGGGCCACGACGAGCUGAGGCCCGUGUCCAGGUCCUUCAGUGAGUGGUUUGGCCUCGGCCUCACCCUGAUCGACGCCCUGGACACCAUGUGGAUUUUGGGUCUGAGAAAAGAGUUUGAAGAAGCCAGGAAGUGGGUGUCAAAGAAGUUACACUUUGAGAAGAACGUGGACGUGAACCUGUUCGAGAGCACGAUCCGGGUGCUGGGGGGCCUUCUGAGUGCCUACCACCUGUCUGGGGACAGCCUCUUCCUGCGGAAAGCCGAAGAUUUUGGAAAUCGGCUAAUGCCUGCCUUCAAAACGCCUUCCGAGAUUCCUUACUCCGAUGUGAACAUUGGCACUGGAGUCGCCCACCCACCACGAUGGACGUCAGACAGCACGGUGGCCGAGGUGACGAGCAUUCAGCUGGAGUUCCGAGAGCUCUCUCGUCUCACGGGCGUGAAGAAGUUUCGGGAGGCUGCGGAGAAGGUGACAAAGCACAUCCACUCCCUGUCUGGGAAGAAGGACGGGCUGGUGCCCAUGUUCAUCAACACCCACAGCGGCCUCUUCACCCACCUGGGCGUGUUCACCUUGGGCGCCAGGGCCGACAGCUACUACGAGUACCUGCUGAAGCAGUGGAUCCAGGGCGGGAAGCAGGAGACACAGUUACUGGAAGACUACGUUGAAGCCAUCGAGGGAAUAAAAGCAAACCUGUUGCAGCGAUCUGAACCCAGUAAGCUCAUCUUCGUGGGGGAACUCACCCACGGCCGCUUUAGCAACAAGAUGGACCACCUGGUGUGCUUCCUGCCAGGGACGCUGGCUCUGGGCGUCCACCACGGCCUUCCCGCCGACCACAUGCGGCUGGCGCAGGAGCUCAUGGAGACCUGUUACCAGAUGAACCACCAGAUGGAGACGGGGCUAAGUCCCGAGAUCGUGCACUUCAACCUUUACUCCAAGCCAGGCCACCAGGACGUUGAGGUCAAGCCAGCCGACAGGCACAACCUGCUGCGGCCCGAGACAGUGGAGAGCCUGUUCUACCUGUACCGCCUCACGGGGGACCGCAAGUACCAGGACUGGGGCUGGGAGAUCCUGCAGAGCUUCAACAAGUUCACUCGGGUGCCCUCGGGUGGCUAUUCCUCCAUCAACAACGUUCGGAAUCCCCAAAAGCCGGAGCCCAGGGACAAGAUGGAGAGCUUCUUCCUGGGGGAGACGCUCAAGUACCUGUACCUGCUCUUCUCCGAUGACCCAGACCUCCUCAGCCUGGACGCGUACGUGUUCAACACUGAGGCCCAUCCCCUGCCCAUCUGGACCCCCGCCUAGUGGGGCCGCUCCUGGUGUGGGGACUGCUGGGUGGGCAGAGAUGCCUUCUUGGGUCUGAGAGGUCUUCAGAGGGCCCACGUGGCAUUGGGCAGCUGCUGAGCGUCAGUGCUGCUGCCCUGGCUCUGGGCUCCUUGACUCUGCUUCUGAUCAGGACACACAGGAAUAAAUUGGGUGUGUGAUUCAGGGUGGGCCAGUCCACCAGGAGCCUUCUGCCGCCUUAUUUGAGAAAACUACAAUCAUGGCUCACAAUUCCUGAAACCUGAACAUCCUUCUACCGGCCAACUUCACAGUGAUCCUCGGGCUUCUGGUCCCCUGCGGGGCACUCAGGACCCCGGAGCUUGAGCCGUGUUCAGAGAGGAGCCAAGUGUACAGCCUGGAUCAGCU